AUUUUUUUACCCCCUCUGGGACAUGGCGCGAGUCUGUUAUCGAGAAAUAUCAAAUCCAAAGGCGAUAUCAUCAAAUCCACGUAUCUUCUGCUGUGUCCUGCGCAUCGGCUCCUUCGAGGCUUUGUCCCCAAACAUGUCGCCAUCGACGGCCCCGUCCUCCAUGGGCCCCUUCUGUCUGUGGCUCCGGCCGAUUCGCCCCUCGUCCCAUGCAUGCUUAUCGCCGACGUCGCCCCCGCCCUGCCAGGACUUGCCAUCCGUCGACGCCGUCAUCAUGCACCAUGCAUGGUGUUGGGCGUGCUUGUCAUGUUGAGCAUCGUGGCGGCAGUGUCCCUCCUAUCCCGCCAUCGAGGGCAAAUUUGCCAUGGCCCUCUCCCGUAUCGGCCCGCCGUCGCCCUCGGGACGAACACUGAUGGCGGCGGGCUCGGCGCGCAUAAAAGCCGCCGGGUCGCCGCCGUCGGUCAUGAACCUCAUCCCGCUCCGACUGCUUCGAUCUCCUCAGCCCCAGCCUCCACCAGCACUCGCUGUCUCUGCCUCUGCUUCCCCUCCCAAGAGCCCAAGCCCAGUCCCCUCCCGAAUCCAAAGCCAUGAAGUCCAUCCUCGCCAUCGUUGUUAGCGCCGUCCUCGUCUCGCUGGCUGCUGCCUUCUCCAUCCAGGCUCCCGCCCAGGGCAGCACCAUCCAGGCCGGCUCCACCGUCACCAUCACCUACGGAGUCACCAACGCUCUGUCUUCCGGCACGGCCUUUGUCUACACCUACAUCGAGCCCAACCACAUCGAGCUCCCCCAGUGCAACAGCGCUCGCCCCUACACCGGCGGCUUGACCGUGAACUGCCAGUUUGUUGUGCCCCAGUACACCUUCCCGAACAACUCUCAGAUCGCCAUCGUCUUUGAGGAUGUCAACUCCUAUGGCGUGCCCAAGUACAUCCUCUCGGACUACUACAGCCUGCAGCUCCAGGUCGUCAACUAA